UGGCCAAUCAAGCUUGGAGAAGUACCGCCUUACAAAGGACCAAAGACACCAGAUGGAAGGGAAGUUAUUUUUUACAAGAUCAUUGAUUAUAUUUUGCUUGGGAAAGAAGAAAUUAAAGUUAUCCCCACACCUCCUGAAGACCACUGGUCCCUUGUGAGUGGGCUGCCCACGUACGUCGCCGAGAAUGGAUUUAUUUGCAACAUGAUGAAUGCCCCAGCAGAUGAAUACUUCAAAUUUCAGAAAGAAGCGGUGGAUGAGACAGGAUGGUGUUUAAAAAAUGUCCUCUCGCUGCCUAUUGUCAACAAGAAGGAAGAGAUUAUGGGAGUGGCCACCUUUUACAACAGGAAAGAUGGGAGGCCGUUUGAUGAAUAUGAUGAGCAAAUCACAGAAGCCCUGACACAAUUCCUCGGCUGGUCUGUUCUUAACACUGACACAUAUGAGAAAAUGAACAAACUUCAGAAUCGAAGGGACAUUGCCCAAGAGAUGCUGAUGAACCAAAUGAAAUGCUCACCGAAGGAGCUGCAGAGUAUCUUGAAAACCAAGGAAAAGUUAAACAAAAAUUUAGAUGACUGCGAGGAAUCGGAUCUCGUAAAAAUAUUGAAAGAGGAACUGCCAGACCCAGGCGCACUAGAACUCUAUGAAUUCCGUUUCAGCGACCUCCCUGUGACAGAACAUGAGCUGAUUAAGAGUGGUAUCAAAAUGUUUGUUGAACUAAAAGUCAUUGAAAAGUUCAAGGUGCCUGUGGAUGUUUUAACAAGAUGGAUGUAUACAGUGAGGAAA